AUGUCUUUAUACGAGCAGAUAAAUAAAGUUCUUAUAGAGCAUCGCAUCGAAGAUAGAAAGGAGAUGAUUACCCAUCAGACGAAAACUCAAAAGUUAUUUUUAGACAAGAUAUCAAAAGUGAAUGCAAAAAUAGAUGAAGUAUCAAAUAACAUGAUAUCGUUUAGUGAAACUGUAACACGAAUGACUAACGAGGUAAAAGAUGUGCAUAUAAUAGAAAAUAAAAGACUGUCAAAUUGUCUAGUCAUGUCAAAAUUAGAAGAACAAAACUAUGUUACGGCAAUCUACCAAAUGAGAGAAAAAAUUCUACAGUUCGAAGAGGAAGGGAAAUCGUUAGAGAAAUUCAACGCUUUGGAAAAAGAAAACACUCAAAUGCUGGAGAAAGUGGAUCAAUUAGAAACAUUACAAAAAAGCUGGGAAGAGAAAUUAGACCGGUUCCGUUCGGAAAUCAAGGCGAUAGAAGAAACGAAGAAAACCGCUAGGAAUGAAAUUCUAUUGCUACAUAAACAAGUAAAAGAAAGAGACAAGAAAAUACAAUCCCUUGAAAAGGAUAUGAUCGACCUAACUGAAGGAAAGAAAAAAAUGACACCUUAUUCAGAUAAAAAACACAUGGAAACACAAAUGUUACAGGAAGAAACAAAGGAGAAAGAUGAUACGACCAACGUUGUCGUUGAAUAUACAAGACAAAUAACUGAUUUAAAAGAAAGUAAAAUACAAAUGCAGAAAGACAUAGAAAAGAAAGAAAAGGAGAUCCGGUCGUUAAAGAAAAAAAUAGAAAAACUUACAGAUGAAAAAGAAGAAGCAAUUAAAUACUUUGAAAUAAAGCAACACCUGACAGCAAAACGACACGUAUAUGUUCAAGUUGUUCACCACCCUAGAUUUAAAGCAUUCGAAUCUGAGAAGGAACUACAAAUGCAGCUUAAGUUGAAAUUUAUUCCCGAGAACAUUGAACUGAAGUUUGUAUGCAUCACAAGUGACUUUGUUAGGUUGUCGGACUCUCCCGUGUUUGUUGUUUAUCCGAGGCAAUUUUGUUCGACUCGAGAAAGAGAUAUAAAUAACAUCGUACAAUUUUAUAAAGUUUCAAAGAUGAACAAGAUGACAGCUUUGGUGUUUUUUCACGACAAAGACAAAAAAGGAUUUAAAAAAGAAGAAGGUGGAAAAGGUAGCCAUAGUGGCAGGACCUUCUGCGAUGUGUUUGACAUCAUUAACGGGAGAGAUGGAAUAUCCUACUGUGAUGAAAAUUCUAAAAACAUCGAAAAAAUGUUUGAGUUUAUCACAAAUGCAUGUAGGUAAUAGGUAUCAUCGCAAAAUGUAGAAUUUGCUGCAUCUAAUUAAUAUUUGGGUAGAUAAUAUUUUUACUAGGACUCAUAUAAUAGGCCUAAUAUAAUUGAUCAGGUUUUUUUGCCAUAAUUUAAUCAGAAGAACUAUUGUACGUGUGUAUCUUUUUUAUUUUGUAUACUUAUUAAAGCCUUAGGGAUUUAUUAUAGAAUGUAUAUAUAGAUAUUCUUGCAGAUUUAGAUAAAAAUACUAGAGAUACAGUAUAUCAAAACAGUAAGUCUCACUAUUAUGGUUGCCAAUUAUUGCUAAAAGUUGAAACAUGUGAUUUGACCUGAUGGUACUUAUGUUUGAACUUACUUUUUUAUUCUUGUUUAUGUGACAUCAUGAUGAUAACAUUUUUUAGCAGGACUUUAAACAAAACAAAAAAUGAGUAGAGGUAUUGUUACAAUCAUGUCGGCGUUGCCGUUGCUUAUGCCCUUUCCGUUCACACACUUAAAUCUUGAUUUAAUUUAUUAAAGUUAUUGGUGUAUUGUCGUCAUACUUGGCCACAACAACCCUCGGAUAGGAAUUGAUAUAAGAAUUGUUUUACUUAGUUUCCAAUACAGUCUGAAUUACAUUGUUGUGCAAUGUUUGUAAAUGCCACUUUAUGUAAAAUUUAUUGAAUAAAUAAAAUUUAAACUAACCCUUGGGUCAAAACAUUUUAGUAAACCAGACUUACCUUUACGUUCAUUCAUAAAUGGCCUUGUCAUUCAAGGUCAAAUGACUAAAGUUUGCUUGUUUUUUGCUAUAAUGUCUAUAACUUUGUUAUUUUUGAAAGGAUAGACUUUAAUUUUGAGCGUAAUAAUAUUCUAGGUUAACCAGACAGACAUUGAACUUUAUUCAUAAAUGACCUUGAUCUUCAAGGUCGAAUGUCUAAAGUUUGCUUGUUUUUUGCUAUUAUUUUACUAUAAUUUUGUUAUUUAUGAAUGGAUUGUCUUCAAACUUAAGCAUAUAAAUCUUUUAGGAUAGACCCUUAAGUUAACCAGACAGGCUUUGACCUUCACUCAUAAAUGUCAUUGACAUUGAAGGUCAAAAUAUUCUAACUUUGUUAUUCACUUCAUGUUAUAAUAAACAUACUUUAGGAUUACUUCAGGAUAAAAUUUUGGAUGUACAUGUAUAUCAAACUCAAAUUGACCUUGGCUCUUUUAUAACUUUGUUCUUAAAGGUAAAAUUUUUGAAUUUUCACUUCAUACGAUGACAAAACAACAUUUUUAUUAAGACCUUAAAGAUUGUCGUUGACAUUGAGCUUUAAAUGACAUUGACCGCCAAUGUCAAAUUAUUGAAUUUUCGUUAAAUUGUUACAAUUUUAUUAUUUAUGAACGGAUUUUAUUUCAGAUUGAACAAAACAAGACCUCCUAACAAACAAACAUAAUGAAAAGUUUAGAUGUGAUUUUGUCCUUAAAUUGAACUUUAAUUUCUCGGUCAAAUUGAUGAAAUUCUCUUGUUUUUCUGAAGCUGGCUAUAACUUUUUUGUUCAUAAUUGAAUAAACUUCAUUUUAAGACACAACAUCUCUAGAACAGGACGUUCAUGUAUAUAAAACUCAAAUUAACAUUGACUUAUGUGUGACCUUGACCUUCAAGUUCAAAUUAUUUUAUUUUCACUGAUGAACGCUAAAAUUGGCUAUACCUUUGUUAUUAAUCAAUGGAUUUUUUUCAUACUUUGACAAAAUUAACCUAUGGACAAGACAUUCUAAAAAGGUUGAACUGACAUUGACAUUCAAUUUUCCAUGACCUUGACUGUCAAGAUAAAUUUAUCGAAUUUGGGUUAAUUUGUCAUAAUAUUGUUAUUUAUGCACAUACAUUCGGACUUAUUUAGGUAUGACGUUAACCUAUAAAUGACCUUGUCCAUCAAAAUAUUGAAUUUUGAUUAUAAUUUCCAUAAUUUGCCAUUUAUUUAUGGAAAGGAUUCAUACUUGGACAAAACAACAAGUGUAACUAGAAUAAAAAAGGAAAACUUAUUAUUUUCUGUUAAUUGUUUUCAAAAAUAUGUUUAAACAGUUUGUUUGCUUUUAGAAAGAGCAAAAAGGUCGAGCGUUGCCCCCGCCCGGCGGUGGCUCUUUUUAGUGAAUCUUGGAGCCGCUGACUUUUACCAGCAAUCAAUUGCACAAUAAACAUAACACAUUAGUCCAUUCACCAUAUGAAACUGUUUUUCUCUCUGCACUGUUUGUGUCCGAUGUACAAUUGCAUUCAGAUUAUAAGAGUUUGAAUCUGCUGCUUUAUAUUCCUGAUGCGAAACAUGAUAUGAUUCUGAUCGUUUUAGAACUCACGUGCUUUUUUUUUUUAUCUCUUCCACCUAUUUUCGGACAGAAGUUUAAAUCAUAGUUACCAUUUCUACUUAAUUUACCUUGUUCGCUACGUUCCAUUUAUCAACGGUGUGCACUUUAUUUUAC